CUUGGCUCAUUCUCUUUUUUAUCUUCAGGUUUAUCUAUUACUACUACAGCUCUGGUUUCUCACUUCAUGCACUCUUCUUAAUAGGCUCGGCGCCCAGAUUUUCUGAGGGAAAGCAUCAAGAAUAAACCACCCGGAUGGAGAUAACCAAUGUCAGUGAGUAUGAGGCCAUCGCCAAGCAGAAGUUACCAAAGAUGGUGUUUGACUACUAUGCAUCAGGUGCAGAAGACCAGUGGACUCUGGCAGAGAACAGAAAUGCAUUCUCAAGAAUUCUGUUUCGACCACGCAUUCUUAUCGAUGUGAGCAAGAUAGACAUGACCACCACUGUCUUGGGCUUCAAGAUUUCAAUGCCCAUCAUGAUUGCCCCAACAGCCAUGCAGAAAAUGGCUCACCCUGAGGGAGAGUAUGCAACAGCCAGGGCCGCAUCAUCAGCUGGAACAAUUAUGACAUUGUCAUCCUGGGCUACUUCUAGCGUUGAAGAGGUCGCUUCAACAGGACCUGGCAUCCGUUUUUUCCAGCUUUAUGUGUACAAGGACAGGAAUGUUGUUGCCCAGCUUGUGAGAAGAGCUGAAAGGGCUGGCUUCAAGGCUAUAGCUCUUACAGUUGAUACCCCAAGGCUGGGACGCAGAGAAGCUGACAUCAAGAACAGAUUUACUUUACCACCAUUUUUGACAUUGAAGAACUUUGAGGGCUUGGAACUUGGCAAGAUGAAUGAAGCUAGUGACUCUGGGUUAGCUUCAUAUGUUGCUGGUCAAAUUGAUCGUUCUCUGAGCUGGAAGGAUGUCAAGUGGCUUCAGACAAUCACUACUUUGCCAAUCCUUGUGAAGGGUGUACUCACUGCUGAGGACACAAGGCUAGCUAUUCAAUGUGGAGCAGCUGGCAUUAUUGUAUCCAACCAUGGUGCUCGGCAACUUGAUUACGUCCCUGCCACUAUCAUGGCUCUGGAAGAGGUUGUGAAAGCUGCACAGGGCCGUGUCCCAGUAUUCGUGGAUGGUGGGGUCCGCCGCGGAACAGAUGUCUUUAAAGCAUUGGCACUUGGAGCUUCUGGCAUAUUUAUUGGGCGACCUGUGGUGUUUUCAUUGGCUGCUGAAGGAGAAGCCGGUGUCAGGAAAGUACUCCAAAUGCUGCGUGAUGAAUUUGAGCUAACUAUGGCAUUAAGUGGUUGCCGCUCAAUUCAAGAAAUCACCCGUAACCAUAUUGUUACCGACUGGGACGUUCCUCACCCUCGUCGAGCACCCAGGUUAUAAAAUCAGGACAAAAAGAUUGGCAACUGCCUUUGUUGUGGCAGAAGAAGGUUGGAAAUAGUUACAUUUAUAUUAUUAUCAGGAGCCUGCCUGUCCUUUGGAAACUCGAUUAUGUUCCUAUAAUCUACAUAUGUUUUGUCGAAACGUUUUGAAUGAAACUAAGCAUGGAUAUAUUUUACAUCAAUGGCCACUGCUGCUUUCACUGUAUAUUCUUUCUCUAUUGGUUCGUCAAAUUUCUGUUAAUUAUGUUUGGCUAUGAGGGGUAUGAAAGGGCAAUAUCAGUUGUCCAGAUAGCAGUGGUAUGUCUUCACAUUUUUGCUGUAAGAAAUUCUAACUACUGCAGAAGCUGAUCAAUAGUUAUAUUUUUGGAUUUG